UUAAAAAUAAUAAAACCGAAAAAGGAAUUUUCUUUUUGAUAAAACCGAAAAAGGAAAUUAAAAAAAAAAAAAAAAAGAAAAGUGAGAAAGAUUGAUUCCAUCAAAGCGUGCGUAUGAAUCGGUUGAAUUUCCAGCGUCUUCAGGCAGUUGCUUUUUCCCUCUUCAAUGGCAGAUUUCGCUUCCUCUUCUUCUUCUUCUUCUUUGAAUCCGCUACUCUUUUCAGUUUCAACUCCUCCAUCGUCGUCAUCAACCAAUGAGACCUCCGAAGAAGACUCUUGUAGUAUCUGCCUUGAGCCUUUCAGCUCCGAUGACCCUGCCACUAUUACUAGCUGCAAGCACGACUAUCAUCUUCAUUGCAUUCUCGAAUGGUCUCAAAGAAGCAAAGAGUGUCCAAUAUGUUGGCAGUCACUUGCCUUGAAGGAUCCUGCCUGCCAAGAACUUCUAGCUGCAGUGGAAAGGGAAAGACACUCAAGGUCAAGGAACGUAUCUUCUGUAGCAUCACCGCCUAUUCGUUAUUUCCUUGACGACUAUGAUGUUGAGCAUGAAUCUUUCUCAGAUGAUUCUGAUUUUGACGGACGAAUUAUGCAGCAUCUAGCUGCUGCUGCCACUAGAAGAUCUCGUUAUCGCGGAAGGGAGAGGCAUAGGUCUUCUGCACAGGCUUCUUCUCCCCCAUUUGUUGUUUUUACUUCUUAUGUAAAUAUGCCUGGCUUGGAGCAAGGAUGCACAACUUCUCCAGAUGGAUAUCACAAUUCGAGUUAUGGAUCAUCACCAACUUCUGGCACACCACCGGCUGCCAACACUCAACCUUCGUUUCCUUCGCCUGUUGUUCCGUCUGUUGUGAAUAUGAGCUCAAGCACUGAUGUUAAUGAUGGUGUCACUUUCGAACCCAGAGUUCUAAGCAGUCAGCCUCCACAUGAUCACCCAGAGAGACCAAGCUCAUCUGAGAUGUUCACUUUCCCGGAGUCCAUCAAGUCUAAGUGGUCCGCUGCUUCAGCAAGAUAUAAGGAAUCAAUCACAAAAAGCACCCGAGGCAUUAAGGAGAAGCUAAUGGCUCGUAAUACCUCAGUAAAGGAGUUAAGCAAAGGAGUUCAGCGGGAGAUGAGUGCAGGAAUUGCUGGUGUUGCAAGAAUGAUUGAGCGCCUUGAUCUUACCUCCAAAAAGGCUGGAGGCCCUGUUUCUGUUUCUAGUUGCGAUGGGGGUUCUUCCAAAGGAAAGGGCGUCCUGGAGAAUAUGAUUGUUCAGUCUCUAAAUAAGAAUACUGGUAAAGUUGCAAAUGAGAUGAGUUCAGAUCCAACGUCAUACACACAUGUUUCAACACCAAGCAGGCUGGAAGUUUCUCCAACACAGGGUGGGCAUUAAAUUGAGCAUGGAGUUCACAGAUCCAGUAAUGACUGUUUUUUAUGCGUCCAGCUGAAGGCAUGCUGUGCAAGUGACGUCUAAAUACGAAAGAAACCAGUCAUCUUGUUGGUUUGCGUCCUGCGCGGGCAUUCACCUCUCUCUCUCUACAUAUAUAUGCGUUUACUUAGACUUUAUAUAUGUGUUCGCGGCAUGAAUAUUGAUGCAUGGAUCUUCUAUUACAGUCUUUUUAUUAUUAUUAUUAUUAUUAUUUUUAGUAAGUUUUCAA